AACUUCCGGUGUGUCCGACAAACAAAUACAAGUCAUCUGCUUGUCAUUCUGUACAGCUCCUACUCGCACAUCAUGUUGGCUUUCGGGUUUCUCCUGGUGGUCCUAACGGCGUCUUUAUGCCCUGGAUACUCAAUGGUCAUCAAUGACCCUCACAAGCCUAUGGGUCUCUGUUCAGAAUGCAGCAAAAUCAUCCAGCUUUCUAAUAACAUGAUUCCCAGCCAUGACAAUAAGGAGCGCAUGUAUGAAACCUUGCAUGCGCUCUGCCAGCACCUUCCAGACAAACAGGGGUUGGAAUGUGACGCUCAGUUAAAGACUUAUUUGCCUAAACUCCUGCUGCAACCACUUGGCGACAGGGAAGUGGAAGCAACCUGCUCAGAUUUUGGGCUAUGUGCUGGCCACAAUCAUAAGGAAGCGGUGGCACUUCCCUUCUAUGACGCCGACAAAGACAUGCCUGCACUCACCAACACCCAUGAUCAGUACAACCCGGCUUGUACGCUAUGCUUGUUCAUUAUCAAGAAACUGGAGACUCUCUUGCCAGAAAACAUGACCGAGGAUGCUUUGAUGAAGCUCAUGGGAGAGGUUUGCGAUCUCCUACCUCAAAGCUACAAGGACGAGUGCGAUGACUUCGUUGACAAAUAUGGCGUACAAAUAGUAGAGUUCCUUCUGGCCUCAGCUGCCCCUCACACAAUAUGUACACUGCUGCAUGUCUGUUGGUUCAAGGACUCUCCUGCUCCAGAGGUGACCCCAGCCUCGGACUGUGAUUCAUGUCGUACGCUGGCUGUACUGAGCAGACUUCAACUGAGCGUGAAUGCGACAAAGCUUCAGACGUCCUCUUUUCUCCAUUCUGUGUGCGAUCGUCACCCCAAUGCUAUCCCAAAGUGUGAGGCGUUUACCAAAAUUUACGGUGCAAGACUGCAGCAGGUUUUGGAAAAUCAGGGGCACCGUAAAGACAUUUGCGAAAGAGCUGAUCUGUGCACUGCCAAGUCCGAGCUAGUGGGAAGCAAUCCAUGCACUUGGGGGCCAAGCUACUGGUGCAGAGAUACAAACACAGCUCAGAAGUGUGGCAACGUGGCAUUCUGUAAGAAGCACAUGUGGAAGGAGUGACAGCUCUCAAGCAAAUACCUGCGCAGGCACACAUUAGCCUCAUAUACUAUGUUUACAUUGUGGGGUUUUUUUUCUUCUUCUUUUUAUAUAAUUCUUCACUGCAUGGAAAAAUAUGACAGAGCCAGGCUUAAAUCACAACCAUUAUUUGCUGAGUAUUUUUUAGUUGUAUUCUGGUCAAUGAAUCUUUAAACAUUGUGUGGUUGAUAUUAAACAUCUUCAGAUGACUGAAAGGUCAUGAUAAGAGCGGUUUUGCUCAGAUGGACAACAUACUGUAGGGGCAUGAAACGGUUUAUUUUGAAACAGUGUAAAAAAAAAAAAAAUGUACGUGCUCUUGAUCUUUUUUUUCGUUGACUGUAAGAAAUCUUCUGUGUUGUCAUGCACUUUUGUAACCACUAUGCACCAGUGUGGUUUUUUAUGUCCUUAUCACUCUCCUGCCUCUUCCAAAUCUGCAAGACAGAUCAAAAUGGAAUCUGUAUCAUCUGUUGAGUCAAUGCCACUUGAGAACAAAAAAAUAAACUUGACAUGUUGAUUUGCUUAUUCAGUGGAACCACAAAAGUUGAAUGUCAUACUUCCAAUUUCUAGUUUCCCCAGUGUUAAAUUGAGCAUCAGUGAACAUUUGUAUUGCAAUUUUGAAUAGAAUUCUGAACUGAACAACCUAAUAGGCCUUCAACUUUAAAGAGUGUCCGCUGGAUAUAAAAUUCUCAGACAUUCCUGUAAAGUAAUGAGUUGUUAAGCCACAGAGCCUUUUUGUUUGAUGAUCAAUGUAAACAUUUGUUACAGAAGAAGGAACAUCAAUACUUGACACACUACUCACCCAAUAAAAAUGGUAUGAUUACAACAAAUGGAUAACUCUGAUAAUCUCUGUAUAGGUAGUCCCAGGUUACAAACGAGUUCCGCUCCUAAUAGUGCUGCAACGAUUAAUCGAUUAACUCAAUUUGAUUAGGAAAAAAGGAUUGGAUCAAAUUUUGUUGCUUCGCAUAUUUCUUUAGAUUGGCGCUGUAAUGGUUUGUUUUAAAAGUGUUUGCAU